AUGUUCAAUCCCAAAGGUGCCGUCGUGCAGCUCAACUCGUCCAAUUUCAAGAAAGAAGUUCUGGACAUUGAAAAACCAACGCUCGUUGCGUUCACCGCGCCAUGGUGCGGUCACUGCAAGCGGCUUGCCCCUGAGUAUGAACGAGCGGCAGAAUCGCUGUCGGGCGUCGUUAAGUUUGCCAAUAUUGAUUGCGAUGAAGAGCGAAAUAAACCGACGUGUGGAAAGUAUGGCAUUCAAGGAUUCCCGACCAUUAAAAUGUUCCCGCCUACCAAAAAGCGCAUUCCAAAGGACUACCGUGGAGAACGCACGGCAAAAGCCCUCGCCGAUUAUUCAGCCGGAGAGCUACCCCUCGCUGGUGUCAAGAAGCUUGAGGCAUCGAACAUUCAAGAUUUUGCAGAAAAAGAUCCGUCUCGUGUCAAAGUGCUUCUUUUCACCAAUAAACCUGCUUCCUCUGCGCUGUACAAGUCUCUCGCACUGGAUUUCCGGCGAUCCAUGUCAUUC